AUGCUCUCCGACAUAAUUCUCCACGUCUACCACUCAAUCCACUCAAUUCUCGCCAUUUCCGGCGUCAUCUUCAACGCCUAUCUGAUCUACCUAGCCUUCUACAAAACCCCAAGCGUCAUAAAAGUCUACGUAACUUUGGUCCUCAAUUUUGCAAUCACCGACUUCUUCGCCUGCUUCUUCGAGUUCUUCGUCCAACAACGAGUUAUCCCGAAUGGCCGAACUUUGGCCUAUAUUUCAAGUGGGCUUUGCUCGCAAUUCGGGCCGCGCACCUGUUACACGGCCUACAGUUUGAUGCUCCAUUUUUUUGCGCAUAGCUUGUGGAGCCUGUUGAUGUCAUUCAGUUAUCGAUAUUAUAUUUUGUUUCAUCCAUCGCCGAGUCGACGAACUAUUGUUGUCAUAUUGAUCUUGUUGUAUAUCCCGUCGACUGUUCAAUGGGUUAGUUUAGCCUAAGCCUAAGGGGGGGGGGGCUUAGGCUAAGCCUGGGCCCUGCGGAAUCUCGCGGUCUACACUCGCGCACAGCGCUCGACCAUAAACCGCUUCGCGGAAGAUUCCCGGCCGCUUCGCGGAAUCUACCGGGCUACACUCGCGCACAGCGCUCGACCAAAAGCUUAGGGGUACCGCUGCGCGGAAGAUUCCCAGCCGCUUCGCGGAAUCUUGCGGUCUACACUCGCGCAGAGCGCUCGACCAAAAGCUUAGGGGUACCGCUGCGCGGAAGAUUCCCGGCCGCUUCGCGGAAUCUCGCGGCAAAGUUCACUUUAAAUAGGCAAUUUCUGAAUGGGAUUCCCUGAAUGGGGCUAAUUUUCAAAAACAGGGCUAAAAUAGUAAAACUGAAUGGGGUCCAAAAAAUGUGUCUGAAUGGGACCCGCCUGAAUGGGGCUAAUUCUCGAAAGUAAAAAGAUAAACUGAAUGGGACCCGACUGAAAGGGGCUAAUUUUCAAAAAUAAAUAGUUUUCUGAAUGGGACCCGACUGAAUGGGGCUAAAAAUCAAAUAAAUAUUAGAAAAACUGAAUGGGACCCCGUUUAGUCAGUCGUUUUCCGGAUUUCCGGAUUCUUCAAAAUUUUGCAUUGCGUUUGAAAUUUAGUUUUCAAGUUUGAUUACUACUUUCGUUUGUUUAUCAAUAGCGCAUAACUUUUUUAUAUCUGAAAUACUAGUUUGUUUUUUCAUGUAUUUAUCACAAUAUUUCUUCCUUAAAGUAUUCUCAAAAUGUUUGGUUUUGAAGAAUAAAACUCCGGAGGAAUUUUGAAAGGAAGUAGGUAACCUACAUUGAGAAUAUAUUUUUCAUGGGAAAUUUCAUUUUCUCGAUUUCGACAUGCAUGUCGAAUGUACAUGUAGUAUUCGGUACGUGGGUUUCAGUUUCUGGUGCGGUGUUUUUGCAUUAUCAAUAGGUUUUUGCUUCUCAUUAGCCAAACUAGAAUUUCAGAAUUUUAAAACUUGCAGCUUCAUGGAGCAUGGAACUAAAAAAUUAAGUCCGAAUUUCCAAUUAAGAUCUAAAAUUCGUCAUUUUCUCUGUGUCUCACUCAAUUCAGCCCUUAAAAGAUGUGUCUCUCAACUCAAUUUUGGAAAAAAGUUGUAUUUUGGCAAGGUGGCUUCCCAAAAACCACAUUUUGACACAUAGGUGCGAAGAAUUUGAAUUUUACUAGGAAAAACGGCAAACUAGAAGUAUUGUAAGCAGGUUUGGAAGGAAACAUUACAUUACUUUUACAUUAGAAACUGGAAAAAAUACAUUUCCAGAUAUCCUUAAAUUUAUGAAAAAUUAGCUAUUUCAAAUCGUGUUCUCCGGUUUUAAGAUAAAAUUUAAAGGUUCUUCAGAAUUAAAAAAAAAAUAGGCUUUCAAUCUAUAUGCGCUAUUGAUAAACAAACGAAAGUAGUAAUCAAACUUGAAAACUAAAUUUCAAACGCAAUGCAAAAUUUUGAAGAAUCCGGAAAUCCGGAAAACGACUGACUAAACGGGGUCCCAUUCAGUUUUUCUAAUAUUUAUUUGAUUUUUAGCCCCAUUCAGUCGGGUCCCAUUCAGAAAACUAUUUAUUUUUGAAAAUUAGCCCCUUUCAGUCGGGUCCCAUUCAGUUUAUCUUUUUACUUUCGAGAAUUAGCCCCAUUCAGGCGGGUCCCAUUCAGACACAUUUUUUGGACCCCAUUCAGUUUUACUAUUUUAGCCCUGUUUUUGAAAAUUAGCCCCAUUCAGGGAAUCCCAUUCAGAAAUUGCCCUUUAAAUACGUAUUCCCUAAUCCCUAAGCUGACCUAAUUUUUUGCUCUUUACCCUUACUAAUCCUUAUUAAUCUCUUUAGGUAAUCACUAGCUUAGCUGGAUCACAAAAUGAUAUUAACCGGUUUUUGGUCUUUAGGAUUAGGGUUCUGAGCCUGAGCUUGAGCUAAGCCUAAGCCUAUGACUAACCCAAGCCUGACCUAAGCCUAUCUUAAGCCUUACCUAAGCCUAACAUAGCCUGACCUAAGCCCAAGCUAAGCCUAAGCCUAACCUAAGCCCAAGUCGACGCCUAAGCUUAUGAUGACUAACGUAAGCCUAACCUAACUGGAGCCUAUCCUAACCCUAACCCAAGCCUGACCUAAGCCUAAGCCCAUGACCAAUCUAGAUUAAACCCAAGCCUAACCCGUCUCUGACUAACCUAAGCCUAAGCCUAUGACUAACCUAGGCCUAAGCUAAGCCUGACCUAAGCCUAUGACUAUCCUAAGCCUAUGACUAACCUAAGCCUAAGUCGACACCUAAGCCUAUAACUAACCUAACAAAGGCUAACCCAAAGCCUAACUUAAACGUCUCUAACUAGUCCAAGCCUAACCUAAGCCUAUGACUAACCUAAGCCUGACCCAAGCCUGACCUAAGCCUGAGCUAGCCUAAGCCUAAGUCGAACCCUAAGUCUAUGUCGACACCUGAGCCUAUGACUAACCUGAGCGCCUCUGGCGAGGGUGUAGACCACAAGCACUUCCCUCUGCGUCUCUAACUAGACCAAGCCUAACCCCAGCCUAACCUAGGCCUAACCUAACCCGAGAUUAUCCUAAGCCAAACCCAAGCUCAGCUAAGCCUAAGUCGACACCUAAGCCUGAUCUAAGCCUAAGUCAACGUCUAAGCCUAUGACAUAACCUAGGCCUAACCUAACCCGAGAUUAUCCUAAGCCAAACCCAAGCUCAGCUAAGCCUAAGUCGACACCUAAGCCUAUAACUAACCUAACAAAGGCUAACCCAAGCCUAACCUAAACGUCUCUAACUAGUCCAAGCCUGACCUAAGCCUAUGUCAACGCCUAAGCCUAACCUAAGCCUAACCUAGGCCUAAACCUAAGUCAACGUCUAAGCCUAUGACUAACCUAAGCCUACGACCAACCAAAGCCUAACCUGAGCCUACCCCAAGCCUAGCCUAAGCCUAACCUAACUGGAGCCGAUCCUAAGCCUAACCCGUCUCUAACUAGGCCAAGCCUAAACCUAUGACUAACCUAAGUCUAACCUAAGCCUGAGUCAACACCUUAGCCUAUGACUAAUCUAAGCGUAAGCCUAACCUAAGCCUAUGACUAACCUAAGCCUAAGUCGACCCCUAAGUCUAUGUCGACACCUAAGCCUAUGACUAACCCGAGCGCCUCUGGCUAGGAUGUAGACCACAAGCCUUCCCUCUGCGUCUCUAACUAGCCCAACCCAAAAAAUUCCAGAUCUCCUUCCUGUGGGCGCAAGACGAUCCAGCAAUCAUCGAGCAAAUCCUUCGCGUCAAAUUCCCCGACUACGAUCUCGACAACAAAACCAUCACGGGCACCAUCGACACCUUCUGCUUCUCGGCAAUGUUCACCAUCCUCCACAUGGUUCUCCCCGUCACCCCCGUCUACAUAGCCAUCUUGAUCUUGCGCAAGAAGAUCAUCAACACGCUGACCUGUCAGGGAAAUGCGAUGGCCAAGGAGACCAAAGCGAUGCACACCCAAUUGCUGCGAGCGCUGACCUACCAGGCAUGCUUACCCUGCUUUUUCUGGUUCGGUAUAGCCAGUUACAUCUUGGGACAGUUCGACAUCUAUCAUCAUCCGGCCGUGGAGUCGUUCAUUUUUGUGUGCAUGGUUUUUAUUCCGGUGCUAUCGCCGAUCUCCAGCUUCAUCUUCGUCAAACCCUAUCACAAUGCUAUUUUGGACCUGUUCAGAGUGAAUAGGAAGAAACGGACUGCGCCACGUGGCACCAAUGAAACUACACGGGAUGUUUCGGUGUUCCAGACCACUGCGCAUUCGAGCAACACGUGGAAUACUUAA